UCGGGCCGCGCCGCCGGGGGCCGCCUGCGCUGCGCUGACAGCCGCGCCCGCGUCCUCCCCGCCGGGGCGCUCGCCGGACAUGCCCCCGGGGCGCGGCGGCGGGGACCCCAGGGCUUGCCUCCGCCCAGGGCCCCCCGCCCCGCCCCCGGGCGCCCCGGGCCCCCGCUGAGCACGCCUCCCGCACGCCCGGGUCCCUCCGGCCGGCGCGCAGACGGGCCCCAGCGCUGUGGGUCCCCGCGGGGCGAUGGGCUGAUGGGCGCCGGGGGACGCAGGAUGCGGGAGGCGCCCGCGCGCCUGCUGCUGCUGUGGCUGCUGCUCCUGGCGCCCGAGAUCCGGGGCGCGCCCGGCUGCCCUGUCCCCAUCCGCAGCUGCAAGUGCUCGGGGGAGCGGCUCAAGGGACUAAGCGGCGGCGCCCCCAACCCGGCGCGCAGGAGGGUGGUGUGCGGCGGCGGGGACCUCCCGGAGCCUCCCGAGCCCGGCCUUCUGCCUAACGGCACCGUUACCCUGCUCUUGAGCAACAACAAGAUCACUGGGCUCCGGAAUGGAUCCUUCUUGGGACUGUCCCUGCUGGAGAAGUUGGACCUGAGGAGCAAUGUCAUCAGCACGGUGCAGCCCGGCGCCUUCCUGGGCCUGGGGGAGCUGAAGCGCCUAGAUCUCUCCAACAACCGGAUUGGCUGUCUCACCUCUGAGACCUUCCUUGGCCUCCCCAGACUUCUCCGACUAAAUAUAUCUGGAAACAUCUUCUCCAGUCUGCCACCUGGGGUCUUUGAUGAGCUGCCAGCCCUGAAGGUUGUGGACUUGGGCACCGAGUUCCUGACGUGUGACUGCCGCCUGCGCUGGCUGCUGUCCUGGGCCCGGAAUCACUCCCUGCAGCUGUCGGAGCGCACGCUCUGCGCCUACCCCAGUGCCCUACACGCCCAGGCUCUGGGCGGCCUCCAGGAGGCCCAGCUGCGCUGCGAGGGGGCCCUGGAGCUGCACACGCACCACCUCAUCCCAUCCCUGCGCCAAGUGGUGUUCCAGGGUGACCGGCUGCCCUUCCAGUGCUCCGCCAGCUACCUGGGCAAUGACACCCGCAUCCGCUGGUACCACAACCAAGCCCCCAUGGAGGGCGACGAGCAGGCAGGCGUCCUUCUGGCUGAGAGCCUCAUCCACGACUGCACCUUCAUCACCAGUGAGCUGACCCUGUCUCACAUCGGCGUGUGGGCCUCAGGCGAAUGGGAGUGCUCCGUGUCCACGGUCCAGGGCAACGCCAGCAAGAAGGUGGAGAUUGUGGUGCUGGAGACCUCUGCCUCCUACUGCCCCGCGGAGCGCGUCGCCAACAACCGUGGGGACUUCAGGUGGCCUCGAACUCUGGCUGGCAUCACAGCUUACCAGUCUUGCCUACAGUACCCCUUCACCUCAGUGCCCCUGAGCGGGGGGGCCCCGGGCACCCGCGCCUCCCGCCGGUGUGACCGAGCUGGCCGCUGGGAGCCGGGGGACUACUCCCACUGUCUGUACACCAACGACAUCACCCGGGUGCUCUACACCUUCGUGCUGAUGCCCAUCAAUGCCUCCAAUGCACUGACCCUGGCCCACCAGUUGCGAGUAUACACGGCCGAGGCCGCCAGCUUUUCCGACAUGAUGGACGUGGUCUAUGUGGCUCAGAUGAUCCAGAAAUUUUUGGGUUAUGUUGACCAGAUCAAAGAGCUGGUGGAGGUGAUGGUGGACAUGGCCAGCAACCUGAUGCUGGUGGACGAGCACCUGCUGUGGCUGGCCCAGCGUGAGGACAAGGCCUGCACUGGCAUCGUGGGUGCCCUGGAGCGCAUCGGGGGGGCCGCCCUGAGCCCCCACGCCCAGCACAUCUCUGUGAACUCGAGGAACGUGGCGCUGGAGGCCUACCUCAUCAAGCCGCACAGCUACGUGGGCCUGACCUGCACAGCCUUCCAGAGGAGGGAGGCAGGAGCGCUGGGCGCACGGCCCGCGGGCCCCGGCAAGAAUCCCUCGCCGGAGCCGGAGCCCCUGGCUGAUCAGCAGCUCCGCUUCCGCUGCACCACUGGGAGGCCCGACAUUUCUCUGUCAUCCUUCCACAUCAAGAACAGCGUGGCCCUGGCCUCCAUCCAGCUGCCACCCAGUCUGUUCUCGUCCCUUCCUGCUGCCCUGUCUCCACCAGUCCCCCCUGACUGCACCCUGCAACUGCUCGUCUUCCGAAACGGCCGCCUCUUCCGCAGCCACGGCAACACCUCCCGCCCUGGAGCUGCUGGGCCCGGCAAGAGGCGCGGUGUGGCCACCCCUGUCAUCUUUGCAGGAACCAGUGGCUGUGGCGUGGGCAACCUGACGGAGCCAGUGGCCAUUUCACUGCGGCACUGGGCUGAGGGCGCUGAACCUGUGGCAGCUUGGUGGAGCCAGGAGGGGCUGGGGGGGUCUGGGGGCUGGAGCUCCGAGGGCUGCCAGCUCCGCUCCAGCCAGCCCAACGUCAGCUCCCUGCACUGCCAGCACUUGGGCAAUGUGGCCGUGCUCAUGGAGCUGAGUGCCUUCCCCAGGGAGGUUGGGGGCUCAGGGGCAGGGCUGCAUCCUGUCGUGUACCCCUGCACAGCCCUGCUGCUGCUCUGCCUCUUCUCCACCAUCAUCACCUACAUCCUCAACCACAGCUCCAUCCACGUGUCCCGGAAGGGCUGGCACAUGCUGCUGAACCUGUGCUUCCACAUGGCCAUGACCUCUGCCGUCUUUGCAGGAGGCAUCACACUUACCAACUACCAGAUGGUCUGCCAAGCAGUGGGCAUCACUCUGCACUACUCUUCACUGUCCACACUGCUCUGGAUGGGUGUGAAGGCCCGCGUCCUCCACAAGGAGCUCACCUGGAGGGCGCCCCCUCCACAAGAAGGGGACUCUGCCCCGCCUGCUCCCCGUCCCAUGCUCCGGUUCUAUUUGAUUGCUGGAGGAAUCCCACUCAUUAUCUGUGGCAUCACGGCUGCUGUCAACAUCCACAACUACCAGGACCACAGCCCCUACUGCUGGCUGGUGUGGCGUCCAAGCCUAGGAGCCUUCUACAUCCCGGUGGCUUUGAUUCUGCUGAUCACCUGGAUCUAUUUCCUGUGUGCAGGGCUGCGCUUACGGGGUCCCCUGGCACAGAGCCCAAAGGGGGGCACCAGGAGGGUUUCCCUGGAGCCAGGGGAGGAGCUGAGGGGUUCCACCAGGCUCAGGAGCAGCGGAACCCUCCUAAGUGACUCGGGUUCCCUUCUCGCUACUGGGAGCGCUGGGGUGGUGACGCCCGGAUCCUCGCAGGAUGGUGACGGCCUCUAUUCUCCGGGAGUCCAGCUGGGGGCGCUGAUGACCACGCAUUUCCUGUACCUGGCCAUGUGGGGCUGUGGGGCUCUGGCCGUAUCCCAGCGCUGGCUGCCCCGGGUGGUGUGCAGCUGUCUGUAUGGAGUGGCGGCCUCUGCCCUGGGCCUCUUCAUCUUCACCCACCACUGUGCCAGGCGCAGGGACGUGAGGGCCUCCUGGCGCGCCUGCUGCCCCCCUGCCUCGGCCCCCCACGCCUCAUCCCGGGCCGUGCCUGCCGCCCCAGAGGACGGUUCCCCAGCCUUCGGAGAGGGGGCCCCCUCCCUUAAGUCCUCCCAGAGCGGCAGCAGCGGACACGCGCCGCCCCCGGGCCCCUGCAAGCUCACCAACCUGCAGCUGGCCCAGAGUCAGGGGUGCGAGGCGGGGGUGACGGCCCGCGGGGAAGGGGAGCCAGAGCCCAUGGGCUCCCGGGGCAGCCUGGCUCCCCGCCACGCCAACAACUUGCACCACGGGCGCCGAGCGCACAAGAGUCGGGCCAAGGGGCACCGCGCGGGGGAGGCUGGCGGCAAGAACCGGCUCCGGGCGCUGCGCGGCGGAGCGGCCGCGGGGGCACCCGAGCUGCUGUCCAGCGAGAGCGGCAGCCUGCACAACAGCCCGUCCGACAGCUACCCGGGUAGCAGCCGCAACAGCCCCGGCGCCGGCCCCCCGCUCGACGGCGAGCCCACGCUCACGCCGUCGGAGGGCAGCGACACCAGCGCGCCGCUCCCCGAGGCCGGCCGGCCGGGCCAGCGCCGCAGCGCCAGCCGCGACAACCUCAAGGGCGGCGGGGGCGGCGCGCUGGAGAAGGAGAGCAAGCGCCGCUCGUACCCGCUCAACACUGCCAGUCUGAACGGCGCCCCCAAGGGGGGCAAGUACGACGACAUCACCCUGACGGGAGCCGAGGCGGCGGGGGGCGGCUGCAUGAAGACAGGCCUCUGGAAGAGCGAGACAACCGUCUAGGGCGGGGGCGGGCGACGCGUUAGCACAGGCUGGCCACAGGGGCUCAGUAGCCUGGCUUCUCGGGGGCCCUUAAAGACGUCUAUCGGUACGUCCCAGGUCUGAGGCAGAGGGGCCAUGGCUGCAGGGCUCACCAGCUUUAGUCCUGGAGGCUGCACCAAAGGAGAGACAGAGACCUGCCACUGCCAGGAGGGUCACCCUCUGGGGUAGCGACAGACAAUCCCAGGAUCACAGGCUUCAUACACUUCUCUCCCAGCCCAGGCUGGUUUUGGCAGUCAAAUCGGUGCUGUCCAGGGUAGGGGGGAGGUCCUGUCAGUCUGUGGAGUGACAAAUCAAAUGGAGGGGCACAGCACAGCCCAGGCAGGCUCCUCCUGAGGUACUCCCCGCAUCUCGUCCCCCCACCGCCUCACUGGCAGCCACCAGCCUUAUCAAGAAAACACAGAUGAUGGGAACUUGAGAACGGUGUUCUCUCCUCCCCCCCCUCAUCUGAAGUCGGCCAUCUGUACCUAGACACUAGGGCCUCUCCCCCACCCAGUUUUGGGCUAACUAGGGAGCCAGCCUAGCAGACGAGCCAGGUGACCAGGACCAACAGGAGGUAACAAGGUGCUGCUUUUCAGGUUAACUAUGCACGAGGAGAAGGGGGGGGAGAGCGGUGUGCAAGGCACCUGUGGAGAUCAACUAGUCCUGUGGAAGGGGCAGGUGGAAAGCAUGCACAAUUAGGGCUAGACCCCAUUUCCACAGGAGUGGUACACAGGUCAUACAGCAGGGCUCAGAGGGGGCACUUUAGGACAAAGCCGAGACCCUACCCCUAAGAAGCUGACUCUGCCAGAUGCCCGGGGAUGACUUGAGGGAAGGAGAGAGUAGUGCUUAGAUAUGGGACUGAAGCUAGUCAUGCCUUUAACCUAGCCUGAAACAAUGCCUGAAGAGGGGCUCCACCACAAGGCUGCAGGUGGUGUUGGAGAAGCACUUAUUGUUCCGUUAUAAGACCCAUAUCCCCAGUCUCAGCCUUCCAACACCAAAGGACUGAGGAGGCGCACUUCCCUGCCUCCAUGAGGCCAUAUGGAAGAACCAUUGCAAUAAUUUGAUCUCUAGCUCCAUAUUAUGGAGAAACUCCAAAACAUCAAACCAGCUUCCUGCCUCACAGAAGCCCAAGCCGAACCCCCUGAGGCAGUGGGGAGGGGCCCCGCAGCUCACUUGGGGCCUGCGCCUUCACUACUUUUAAACACCAGCACUCAUCUUUUUCCCAACCUAAAAGCAACCACCAGCCUUUUACUACAGGACCCAAUGAAAGUGGAGUGGACCUUGGGCCUCAUGAAGAGCAACAGGAAGACAAGGCCUGGUUCAGGUCCCCUGCCAGUCUCCAUGUCACCCCAGCCUGAUCACCAAGGCAACAGAAGACAUAGGGAGGGGAGAAAACCCACACGCCUUGGGAUGGAUCCUGUUAUUUAUGCUUGCUACACAGACAGUAUUAGACAGGAA